AUGGUGUCUUACAAAUUGACAUAUUUUCAAAGUCGCGGACUAGCUGAAGUAUCUCGCCAACUAUUCCAUUUGGCUGAUGUUCAAUUUGAGAAUCACGUGGUUGACCGCGAUGAGUUUUUACGUCUCAAACCAUCUUUGCCAUUUGGCCAAGUUCCAUUACUGACUGUUGAUGGAGUUGAAAUCCCACAAUCUUUGGCAGUUGCUAGAUAUUUGGCAAGAAAGUUCGGAUUUGCUGGAAAGACUGCGGAAGAAGAGGCUAUUGUGGAUGCAUUAGGUGAUCAAUUCAAAGAUUUCUAUAAGGAGAUUCAUGAUUACUUUUAUGCCAAACUUGGAAUAAUUGAUGUUCAAGUCAACGAAGAUACUCAUCUUAUUCCGGCGCGUAACAAUUUUUUGACUAUUCUAACAAACUUCCUUCAAAAAUCACAAUCUGAAUUUCUGGUUGAUAGUGGUCUAACAUAUGCUGACUUGAUCAUAAUCGAUAACAUGACUACACUUAUUGGAUGGUAUCCUGAUUAUCUCGACGGUUUUGACAAAGUAAGUUUAACGAGAGAUAUUGUGAAGGAAGAUUCUUGAUUUAUAGAUUCAAAAAUGGCGCGCAAGUGUUCUCAACUUCCCGAAACUCAAAGAAUAUCUCGAGAAACGUCCACUCACUCCUGCUUAA